AUGCAGACGUCCAAGAUGUCAGACCCAAAGAAGAAGACCCUGUCGAGUUUCUUCAGCUCAGAUAUCAACGUCAAACAUGCAGAGAUCCUGCUCUAUGCCUGCUGUCUCAGCUCCGGUCUGGUCGAUAGCACGAUCUAUAAUGCUUACAACACUUUCGUCUCGAUGCAAACUGGAAACACAAUCUUCGUCGGCCUGGGUGCUUCGAACCAGAAUGCGCGCCCCUACGGCUGGGCUCGCUCCCUUACCUCGAUCGGUUGCUUCGUUAUCGGCUGCUUUCUCUUUGCCCGCCUGAACCGCCUCCUCGGCGCCAAACGCAGAGGCACACUGGUACUGUCAUUCUUUCUGCAGGUGGUACUGAUCAUAAUCACUGCCGCACUGGUACAGAGUGGCGUCAUUGCUGGGAUCCCUCAACACCCAUCUGCUGCAUCGGAAGUGCAAUGGAGCCAGGAAGCCCCGAUUGUCCUGCUGAGUAUCCAGUCCGCGGGCCAGAUCGUGGCAAGCCGAGCGCUGGGAUUCAACGAGAUCCCAACUGUGGUGAUCACCAGUCUUCUUUGUGAUCUCGUGUCGGACCCUAAGCUGUUUCUCAUUCGGAAUGAGAAGCGAGACCGUCGCGUGGUGGCCUUUGUCUUGACGCUGAUCGGUGCGAUUGCUGGCGGAUGGAUCACUAAGGCCACGGCGGACAUCUCGCCGGUCCUGUGGCUGGGGGCGGGGAUCAAGAUGGCGAUUUCUAUAUGCUGGAUGUUCUGGAACAAUCAGGAGGUGGAUAGUGCGGUUUGA